CGUUGAGCUGUUGUUGCAUCCCUCCUUCGGGUUCUUCGGGUCUCUCCUUUGGAACUAGAUCAGGCGACGGCAGCAGCAACAGCAGCCAAACGCCCGCAGUCCCGAAGACCUCGGCCUUCUCGUUUAGUGAUUGGCGGUCUGCGAUACCGGGAACAUGACGCGAAAGAAGUGCUCCUCAUCAUCACCACUCCCGAUUCUCUUCGCCGUCGUCGUCUUCAUCCUCAUUAAAUUAUCUUCCGCUAAGUGCCGUUUCAAGGAAGGACAACCAGAUUCUAUUUUAUUAGCUACUUGUGAAGCUCGAUGUCUUCAUCAGGACGAUAAAGAUAUGUGUCAAAAACUUUGCGUAAGAAGAGGGUUAACAAAACCGGGAUCUUGUCCACGCGAUAUCCAGUAUAACUCCAAUUUAACUUUAUCGCCGUUUUCGGCAGUUUGCGUGGAUACUUGUUCCAAGGAUUCGCAGUGUCCGGGGAUUUUGAAAUGUUGCAGGCACGAUUGCGGGGUUUCUUGUCAACACCCACUUAAUCUUCAUAACGCAACAGGUUUACCGCCAAUCCCUACAGAAAUCCGAGUCCGAGAAAAACGUCGAAGAAAAGCAGCGAUAAUCGAAUGGUCAAAACCGCACUUUAACGAUUUCAACGUAAUUUAUAUUUUACAAGAACGUCAUUACACCGGAAAACAUCUCCAAGCUGAUCACAUGACUGAAUGGUCGGCUUGUAUGAAAGCUAGAAGAGCUAGGAUCCGUUUUUCAGUAAAACCAGGAACUUGGUACAAUUUUCGAAUAGCAGCCGUAAACGAAAACGGAACAAGAGGAUUUUCACAUAUGUCACUUAAUUUUAUUUAUUCAGCUGAUCCAAAACCGCCAAAAGAACCCACCGAUGUUCAAGUAGGUCCUUUAUGGCUUCAAAACGGAUCUUUAAAUACAGAGUUAAUAUGGUCGCCACCACAUUCCGAUUUACCAAUACAAAGAUAUAGUGUUUUUUGGAGUCGAAGGUUAAUGGGAGUUACGGACUCCGUUUUGGUGCGACAACAAUACGUUCCAAAGGAUCAAACAAGAUUCUUAUUACAAGGAUUACAACCGAACUCCUCUUAUUUCUUACAAAUUCAAGCAAUAGCUUAUUAUGGUAAACAAAAACUUAGGGGAAGAAAAUCUGGGUUAGUACUCAACACGACUAUUUUAGCAAAUGUAACUGAAGAUGAUUAUUAUAAAUACCAACAAAAUAAUUUUGGGUUAAACGUAAAAAAACCUUAUUGGAAAGAUGGGGAUUUAAGGACGAGAAUAGUAUGGAAGAAAAAUAGUUCAAAAUAUAAUAUAACGUGGUCGAACGUUUCUUGUAAUGACCGAGAUGUUGAAGUUAUGAAAUUAAAUGAUAUAACAACGGAAUCAAAAUACGAAGUUCAUAGUUUAAAAUUUGGAUGUCGAUACAAAGUAACAUUAAGAGAAUUUUCAAGAACAAAAACAUCUCACGAUACAACGGUAACGUUUGCAACCCCAUUAUGUUUAGAGUUACGUAAGAAUAACAAACACGUUCGAUGUCAUAAUCUUUGAAUGUUAUAUAAUUUUUAAAUUGUAUUAUGGAUGUUGGUUAUAGUUAAAAUGAUUAAUAAAAGAGGUUUUAUUUAUU